GCACGACUAAAUAAGUUCUUGUACGCAGCACUAAGUCAUGUUUAGGAAGCAGCACAUUGUUUGACUAUGAUUGAUGCGAGUGCGAGUUGCUAGGUUGUUCUCAUGUUCGUCCGCUAGCGGCGACGAAACGUAAUCAAUACUUACUUCGCUCCGCAAGUAACUACUACGGUACAACUAUGGUCCGCCUCGCAAGCGGCUUUGGCGCUGGCCCACCAGCACGAGCCCCAGAAGAUGAAGUUCUACUACCAACCGCGAGGCCCCCCGGGCUUGGAGAUCUUCUUCAUGAACACGUUGUGAAGAGUAGUUCAUCCACUACAGCUACGAGAACAGUUUCCUCGCCUGCGUUGAGUCCUCUACUUCGUGCUGUCAGUACCAGGGUAGUUGGCAGCUUUUUAAGAAUACCCUCGCGACGGAGGUCCUCCGACCGCUGCACGACAACCUCUUCGUCAUCCUCUUGCUCUUCACCUUCUUCAAGCAGAAGUACAAGUAUGUCGAUGAAGAGAAGAAUUACUACGACGAAAGAACCCCGCACUGACAAAUCAGCAAGCUUUGGCUAUUGCGCAUGACACGUUUGGCCUGCUCGUAGUCUAAUCCUCUUGAGCUACUUAGUUCAUCGAUCAGCGUCGCAGAUGUAGCGCAUGGUGCUGAUUCGAGCGUCGCAAAUUAUUCCACAACAGGACUAGAAAUUGCUAGUCACGAGACUGCUCCGUAUGAGAUCGUGAAGCAUUCUAAGCACCAUGCAGAUUUGCAUGAGACAACUCGUGUAGGGUGUGGUCCCCGUUUUUACUCAGGAUGCGAGUUUCUGGUGGUUUUGGGCGUCACGGUCUUCUCCGGAGCCGUCAGCGAUUUCUUGAAAGACAUGCGCAAGACGUUCUUCCAGGAAGGGCUGCCGGCCCCCGGCACGCAGACCACACUCCAAAACGAGGUAAACGUGCGGAAACAUCUUCUCGAACUGCAAAAAAAGAAUGCCAGUUUCUGGCAAAGAGCGACUGGCCGGCUGCCACCCAUCAAAAAAACAACUCUGGAAUUGCUCAAGGAACUGAGCAACAGUUCCGAAUGGGCUUGGAAUCCCUUUUACUGGAACUCCCGAAAGCAGCUGGCGGAGUCGCUCCUCGAUGUGUUGGCAGUCGGCUGCCAGAAGGUGCUCGACAAGGAUGCAAAGAUUUUCACCUCUUUGGUAAUCGGUGACAAGCAGUACUACGUAGGGGAAGUAGUUCUCAAGAAGGGAGCUUCCUUUCAGCCGGGCCGCGAUACCGAUAUCUCCAAUUAUCGGCUUGAAGGCAUGGGCACGAUGACGGCCAGGGCACGCUCACGCUCUCUAAUGGAGAAAAGUACGAGGGGGACUGGGCAAACGGGAACAAGAACGGCAAAGGCACGCACACGUUCCUUGAUGGAUCAACGUACGAGGGGGGGUGGAAGGACGGCGAGGUGGACGGCUCGGGCAAGCUCACGUGCAAGGGUGGGAACAUUGUUCACGAGGGAAAAUGGAAAUGGACCAGAGAGGGCCAACUUCUUUUGACGAAGGCUGGAAGCGAACAACUUCGUUUCGAAGGUGGCGACGGCUACGUUUCUUGGUUCUGCAGCCAGGAGCCCGCCAGUUGAAAUUCCUUUUCUUAUUGGGUACAAACACGUACGCAAUGCCCGUGCGGAGAAGAGGGCCCUGAUUUUUACAUUGUUACAACUCUGCUUGUCACAUUUCUUUCCAUUGUCCGACCACUAUACGGAUCUGCUUUUAAACAAGAAAGCGGUCCGUCGUAGGCGGUCAGAUGCUUUUCUGAGCGCCGUUUUGAUUUCAUUUUGGGAGGUUAUUUUUGUACGUAUUAAUUUCGCAUCCGAACGCUUCGAGGCAUUUUUGUCUAAAUACAAAUGCCAGGAGAGAGCAAACGCACUGCAUAUCCAUGAAAGAACUUAACGCCAAGCUAUACAGAAACGCCACGGAUUGAAGCAGUUGAUGAUGAUGAUGAUGAUGAUGAUGAUGAUCAUGAUGAUGAUGAUGAUGAUGCCAGGAGAGACAGGUUGCAGAAAUAUGAAAAAUGUAAGAAAGUUCGAGUUGUACUUGCAAACAGAGCGAGUUUGUUUUACGUAUAGAGCCUGUAGUUAAGUAGAAGUACACCUACACUAGUACAUGACAGCCAGCAGUAGGUCUACAAUAAAGUAAGCGCUUUUCUUCAGACUCUUGCUGGUCGCGCCAGCCGCUUCACUUCUUGCUAGAGCUAGUACUUUCGAGCGGGUAUGAAUGUUUUCACCCGCGUCACUUUUGAUUGCUUUCCACUUUAUCAUUUAGAUACGUAUGAUCUACAACUACUAUCGACCCUGUUUUGAUAUCUCCGGGUAAGUGGUGUUUCGCGACGCCAUGCAGUUGGUGGUGUUAGUCCCAGAGUACUAGUAGUUCCAGUUUUCGUUUAUUUCGGCGUUUACGAGGUGGCAAAAAGAAACUCAGCUGACCCACAGUUAGUUUGUUAAAGUAGUUGUACAGUAUUGAGACCGACUUUUUUGUGUUUGUUUUCAUAUCAUCGGUCAACGUGUUGUGUUGACGGACCUACCACUCACGGUAGAAAUCCUCAUUGCGAUAUUUGUCAGAUUGUUUCUGUUUUUCGAGCUUUAUACGAAGACUUUUAAUUCCAUCUGCUCUACAAACAAAUGUUUCAUCAAUCCAAUUUUGUAAAAGGCAGCUAGGGAGAGGCAGAUCAUGAAGGAGGAACAAGACCACAAGCACGUUGUCCACCCAAUCAGGAGGAGUCAACGUGUGUUGAGGACGAACCUCCAGUGUUGGGAACACUAGCUAGCUUUACCUAUCGCAGAUUUUCGUUAUCGCGCAAUAUUUAUAAAAAGAGUACCGAGCUACUUACUCUAUUAUUUUGUAAUUCAUUGUAGCGCAGUUGUCCUUGCUGGAAACGAAAAAGGCAGAAUGAGAAAAUUUUCGUUUCCACAGAAGCGCAAGGAUUUCAUUUGCAAACAAGAAGGGAAUGAAAAUUAAACAAAACAAAACCCGCAGUAGCGGUCCACUGUUGGGUAUUGUAGUGCUACAUCAACACUUUCUUGGCAGCAUUGUCGUCAGUGCAGCAACAGCAUCGACUUCCUUGUAAGAAGAAGCUAAGACUCGAGGGCGUGUUCAUCUUUUCUUUGCCAACAGUUGUGCGAGGGCGAACCAAGCACGGACGUACAACAGAAC